GGGAGUAGAGAUGACUCACGCUCAACAGAGAAGAGCGAAGACAUGAAAGUCAGGGUUACCUCUACACUAGGAGACUCGUUGAAGCUCAUCAAUUCUAAAUUGGAGGCGGUGGAUAAGAAGUCCAAAUUGGAUGCAGCCGAGCGGGAAGAACUGAAACACCUACAGAAGGAAGUGCAGGUUGGCAAAGACAACAAGGAGCUCUUGAGUAAUGAGAAGCGGAAGCGAUGUGUCGCCCGUACUCCCGUUGAGAACUCUCCAUCCGUGGCGCGCGCCAGACCAAGAUCCAAAGGCAGUUCAAAGACCAAGCCGAAGCGCAUCGAACUCUCUGACGAUGAAGGCCCUUCCGACACUAAGCAGAAUCUGCAAGAAAAGUUGGACAGCACAAGUAGCGAACUGUCGGACAUAAAGCGAAUGCUUGCGUCACUCAUGAGCGGCCUGCAGGACCCGAAAGGGAAAGGUAAGGUAGUCGAAUCUGGGACUACAAAUGUAUGCACCGGCGGAGGCGCCCCACGCGUAACUGAUGUCACGCAGAACGCCCAAGUCGAUGGAGAGGAGGAAAAUCCUGAUGAGGAUGGGUUUGCUACGUACAUGAAGGUGCGUGCAGAUUACUACGGAUCUCUCCACUACACAAGAGUCCAAGAACUCUAUAAGGAGCAUGAUGUCGAGUACUUCAAGAAAGACGUCGCGGUAUGGGAGCUCGCCCGGCAAGAUCUGCAGGAGUAUGCAGAUUCAUUGAAGGAGGAUCGGUGUGAGAAGCAGCAUAGGAGGGAGACAGCAGUGGCGUCCGAGCAGGAGGACGCCAGCGAGGACGGUGACACCGUAAAGGGAAACUGAGUCUUGGGAGUAUCAGAUCUAUUAAGCGAGCAGUUAACUGGAUUAUUAAUGCUAAAAGGUC